AUGACCACUAUCGGAUCCCUCCAGAGACUCUCGGCCCCGGCCCUGUCCAAGCUGAUCCUGGCUGAACAAGAGGCCUCAGCGGCGGCGGCGGCGGCGGCGGCGGCCAGCACGGCGGAGAAUGACAGCCCCACUUCUCUGGCUAUCAUUGACGUGCGGGAUGACGACUACAUAGGCGGCCACAUCAAGGGUUCCCAAAACGUCCCCUCGCACAAGCUCGACGUCAUGCUGCCCACGCUCGUCCGCCAGCUGCAAGACAAGGAGACAGUCGUCUUCCACUGCGCGCUCUCGCAGCAGCGCGGACCCAGCGCCGCUUUGCGCUACAUUCGCGAGCGGGAGCGUUUGAUGCCGAAGGAGGUGGGCACUAAGCUCACUUCCACCGCUGAUGGUGCUGCGGUAGAGGAGGUGGCGGAGGAGGUUGCCAAGGAGGCUGAGGGAGAGGGAAAGACGGACGAGAAGAAGAAGCAGCCGGUCAACCAGAAGGUUUUUGUGCUAGAUCGCGGGUUUGUGGGCUGGCAGGAAGCUUUUGGGCUGGAUGAGAGGUUGACGGAGGGGUAUAGCAAGGAGUUGUGGAGGGAUGGGUAUUGGAUGUGA